AUGGAGCUGCUCGAAUCAAAGCCCCUGAGCGCCAUUAGCAUGGUAAUUGACUCGAUCGGAGUGGAUCAUGACAGUCAGGUCAGUUGCCAUUAGGGAACGUCGGGAAAUGCUGCGUUUUCUAGACCAAAUGUAACUGCUGCAAUGAGCAGAUUUAUGAUCGGUUCAUUUUCCGAGUGAGUCAGAAACCUCGUCGAUUUGCUUUUGUCCCAUCGCUUCCGUGUUUCACGCACUUGCUGCCCUGUCGCCCACUCAUUUUCUUCAAAAAUAGCCCAUAUUUCUCAGAUGGACAACCGCUCAUACCACGAGAAUUGUGUAAAGUGCUCCGUUUGCGAAGUGCAGUUGGCGGAGAAAUGCUUCUGGAAGAACGGAAGAAUCUACUGCAGCCAGCACUAUUACAAGUACGCAUCCGUCAAAAAUCUUCAAUGUCUUGGAUCGACUUUAAUUCCAGAGAUCACAGUGUUCACCGAUGUGCCGGCUGCAAGAAAGGAGUCUCUCCAACUGACAUGGUCUACAAACUUCGGGUGAGCUUUCUGUUCUCUUCCUGCUUUCAGUAGGAUCUUCUGCUCAGGCUGGUUUGGUGUUCCACGUGGACUGUCACUGUUGUGCUCUCUGCAGACGUCAUCUGUCUCCAGGAGAGCAGAUUCUCGUGGACGACUCCAUGAUGACAGUCUCCUGCAUGAGCCAUUACCCUCCGAUGGAAGAGAGUGGCUGCGGAGCUGGCAGUUCCGAAAUGCUCUCGUGCUCUUCCGAGUCUGCACUCGCUCCCUAUCCGAUCGACGAUUCUUUUCCGGUUUUCCAAGUCAAAAAGGUAUUUGCAGAAGCAGAAGCAACGCGUUUGCAAAUCAAAUUUGUUUUUCAGGAAGUGGAUGCGUACGGAUACAACUUCGAACAUUACAGCUUUUCCGAUUUCUGCGAUGACGAUUCGCGGAUGUUAAAACGGCGCGGACCGAGGACUACAAUUAAGCAGAACCAGGUGGAGUAAUGGUUAAUCCGGAAAAAAAGAAGAGAAACAUGCUUUUGCAGUUGGACGUACUCAAUGAAAUGUUCGCAAAUACACCGAAGCCAUCGAAGCACGCGAGGGCCAAGUUGGCACUGGAGACCGGGCUCAGCAUGCGGGUGAUCCAAGUGUGGUUCCAGAACAGAAGAAGCAAGGAACGGCGGCUGAAGCAUCUGUGCAACUACCUGCGGCACUACGAGCAACGAGGGCUCAUUCCGCCGCCAAUCCACUUCCGAAAUGGUCAGUGCUCUUUGUAGUUCGCCCGUGCCAAGACCUGCACUCCCAAUUAGAUUAGUUCUUGCGUCUCGAUCCAGUUACCCUACACUUUGGGCGACGAAUGAGUCGGACGGACAUGAGCAGAACACGCGAGUGGCGUAGAAAAAGAGAAGCAAGCGCAAGAAAAGUUUGAGUUGCCACGUCAUAAAUCAGCGGCAAAUGGCGCCGGCCGUGCCUCCCUUGAAUCUUUUUCUCUUUUCCAGAAGAAAUGGACACCACCGACUUCAACGCGUUCUGCGGGAAUUUCGAAGAGGAAGAGGACGAAGACUGA